AUGUCGGCACCGUGCAGGUAUGCAGCUCGAAGCUGUGCGCGAUCAAUUCGUUCCAGCAACUCUUUCCGAGUAUCGGCUUCAUUCGUUCAGAGCACUCCGUCGAUACAGCGGCGGCACGAGUCUACCGCAACGGCUACGAACCCCAAGAUUGCCGGUAUCGUUGACCAGAUCAGCCAAUUGACCCUUCUCGAAACCGCCGACCUUGUCACAAGCCUAAAGUCCCGACUUAACAUCCCCGAUCUACCAGUUGGUGGCUUCGCUGCUGCACCGGCUGCCGCCCCCGCCGCAGCAGAGGAGGCGGACGAACCCGCGCCAGCUGCUCAGGAGAAGACACUAUUCAACAUUAAGCUGCAAGCAUUCGACACUGCCGCGAAGGCAAAGGUUAUCAAGGAGGUCAAGGGCUUAUUAGGGUUGAGUUUAGUCGACAGCAAGAAGUUCGUGGAGAGCGCACCCAAGAUGAUGAAGGAAUCGGUACCGAAAGAGGAGGCCGAGAAGAUCGUAGCUACGAUGAAGGAGCUAGGAGCUACCGUUACUAUGGAAUGA